CCCAUGUAAUACAUUAAGGGUCAAACAUUAUCUAGUUUUCUUGAUAAAACGGCCUCUUUGCCCUUUGCCUCCAUGGUCUUGGACUUAUACAAAUGAAAUGGGCCACUAUGAAAUGUACUUUAUUUAACCCAUAUAUAUAAAUAAGAAGCGCCCACAGCAACCCAAGCACACAACUAAAACCCUCUCCCCUCGUCAUCGUUACUACGUUAGUUUUUCUCUUUUGCUCAGUCAAGAUGGGGAGCAAUCAAGCUGCAUUCUCCUUCCUCACUAAUAUAGUACGUGCGACCUUUGGCCUCGGCACUGCCGUCACGGUUGUGAAUUCAUCCCUAUAUACCGUCGACGGAGGCCAACGUGCCGUACUUUUCGAUCGUUUUCGUGGAGUCAUUGACGACACCGCCGGUGAAGGCACUCAUUUCCUCAUUCCAUGGCUCCAAACACCCUACAUAUUUGAUAUUCGUACGAGGCCCCACACUUUCUCUUCGAUCUCUGGGACCAAGGAUCUACAGAUGGUUAACCUAACUCUUCGGGUGCUAUCUCGCCCCGACGUAAACCGAUUGCCCGCUAUUUUUAAGACAUUAGGUCUUGAAUACGACGAGAAGGUUCUUCCGUCGACCGGAAACGAAGUUUUGAAGGCUGUUGUUGCUCAAUUUAACGCCGAUCAGCUUCUCACCGAACGUCCGCGCGUUUCGGCUUUGGUUCGUGAUACUUUAAUCCGCAGAGCUAAGGAUUUUAACAUCGUACUUGAUGACGUUGCGAUUACUCACUUAUCGUAUGGCGCUGAGUUCUCCAAGGCCGUGGAGCAGAAGCAAGUGGCGCAGCAAGAGGCUGAAAGAUCAAAGUUUGUUGUCGCUAAGGCGGAGCAGGAGCGGAGGGCUGCCAUUAUCAGGGCGGAAGGAGAGAGUGAAUCAGCCAAGCUGAUUUCUGAUGCUACAGCUGCUGCUGGUAUGGGAUUGAUCGAGCUUAGGAGAAUCGAGGCAUCAAGGGAGAUUUCUUCAACAUUAGCCAGGAGCAACAGUAUCAUGUACCUUCCAAACAGUGGCAGCCAAAUGCUUCUAGGGCUUAAUCCUUCUCGUUGAAUAAGUAAUUUAUUAUACCAUUAGUUUUGUUUAAUUUGCUUCUAAGAUUUGCUACAAUCACUAUUAUCAGACUACUUUUAGAGCUUGUAGGUGCAUCCAAUUGAAGUUUUUCUUUUGAGUUCUUUUUUCAUAAGAAGUUCGAAUAAAAAUCUCUACGUAAAUUAAUGACCCAUGCAGCUCCUGCAAAUCCAAGCUUUACUGUUAGUAUGAAUGUAUUUUCACUGUUAUUUGUUAGUUAUAUUAAUUAUAUGACAUAUGCUCUCGUAAUUUCCGUGUUGGCUGGGGAUGUUUUCACGAUUUUGUUGGUAUAACAUUUGUGAUCUAUUGUUAUAGAUAGCUCAGUGCUCAUGUAGUUCCUGAUUCUUCGGUUGAAAUUAUGUUGAAUGUUCAUGGCUUGCGUUUAUUGUGUGCUGAAUGCUGCUCAAAGGACUUGUUUUGUUUCAAGGCUUAGUGAGUUUUCUGCCUACAUGGAUUGGCCUAUCACUUGCGGCACACUUUAGAUCUAGUCGAUGCAUGUCAUGUUUUUUUAUGAGGUACUUCCGGUAGCGGAGGGAAGAGCUCGAGGUGAUCGCAUGACACACACCAUUGAUUAGUCAGUCUGGGAUGUUUUACUCUGAUAAUGAAAAUAUGUUUUGGAAAUGAUACUCUGAAUUUAUGUUAUGACUUAUGAUAUGUUUUUAUGAAUAUGGCUUUGGUAAUGAUUUUAAAG